AUGGAAGCCGCAAACUUUGACUAAUACGAAAAAACCCUUACCGAACAACAAUUCCUCGGUGGACAACUACCAACCUCUGCUGACAAAGAAGCUUACGAUUUGUUGAAGAACACCCCACCUUCAGUUGAGUCACACCCUCAUACUUUUGCCUGGUUCGCUCUCGUUCACAGAUUCAACGAAUCAGUGAGAGCUUCAUGGGCUGCCGGUGCUGCACCAAAGGGAGCUGAGAAGAAGCAAGCUGCUCCAGUCAAGAAGGAGGAACCAAAGAAGGAGGAAGUAAAGCCCGCCGCUGCUAAUGAUGAUGAUGAGUUAGAUCUAUUCGCUGAUGAAGAGCCAAGUGAGGAGACUAAGAAGCUUCUUGAAGAAUCAAAGAAAAAGGUUGAGGAAGCUUAAAAGAAGAAGCCAACAGUUAUUGCCAAGUCAUUCAUUCUCUUCGAAGUUAAGCCAUACGAAGCUGAGACUGAUCUUGAUGAGCUCUUCAAGAAGAUCCUCGCAAUUGAAUUAGACGGUCUAGUCUGGAAACAAGAUUGCAAGAAGGAACCAAUUGCCUACGGAGUCUACAAACUCAUCGUUGGUUGUGUCGUUGAAGAUGACAAGGUCUCCGUUGAUGACCUCCAAGAGAAAAUUGGAGAAUUCGAGGAGGAAGUUCAAUCAGUUGAUAUCCUUACCUUCAACAAGAUUUGA